CUUCUUCCAAGUCGUCGUCUUUUGUGCCCGUCACUGUGCUACACUAAGGUCUGCUUCUGCCUCGCGCCUUUCAAUUUAUGCAGCUCCUCUGCGCCAAAUAACGCAGAACCUCAUGGCUCACACUCUCGCUCGGGCCACUCUUGGUCUCACUCAGCCGGCUAGCAUUGAAAUCCCCAAGGUCUCUUUUACUGCAAAAGAUGUUGACGUAACAGAAUGGAAAGGGGACAUACUUGCAGUGGGUGUAACGGAGAAAGACAUUAAGAAAGAUGGGAACUUGAAAUAUGAGAAUCCGAUUCUAAAGAAGCUUGACUCAAAGUUGGGCGGUCUAUUAGCCGAGGCUUCUUCUGAAGAGGAUUUCACCGGCAAAGUUGGCCAAUCGAUAGUACUUAGAAUAUCAGGGCAUGAAUCCAGGAGAGUUGGUUUGAUUGGGCUUGGAAAGUCUGCUUUAACGACAUCAUCUUUUAAAAGCUUUGGCGAGGCUGUUGCAGCGGCUGCAAAGUCUGCUCAGGCAAACAAUGCUGCCAUUGUUCUUGCCUCUUCUGAAGGGCUUUCUGCAGAAUCAAAGCUUAAUUCUGCAUCUGCAAUAGCAUCUGGGACUAUACUGGGGAUAUUUGAAGAUCACAGGUAUAAGUCAGAAUCAAAGAAGCCAGCCCUUACAUCUGUGGACAUUGUUGGUUUGGGAACUGGACCUCAAUUGGACAAGAAACUUAAGCAUGCAGAAGAUGUUUCUUCUGCAAUUAUUUUUGGAAGGGAGCUUGUAAACUCUCCAGCUAAUGUGCUCACACCAGGGGUAUUGGCAGAAGAGGCAUCUAAAAUUGCUAUCAUGUAUGGUGAUGUUUUUACUGCUAAAAUAUUGAAUGAAGAGCAAUGUAAGGAGUUGAAAAUGGGAUCAUAUCUGGGUGUUGCUGCAGCAUCGGCAAAUCCUCCUCAUUUCAUCCAUCUUUGUUAUAAACCUCCUGGCGGAUCUGUCAAAGUGAAGUUGGCUUUAGUUGGAAAAGGUUUGACUUUUGACAGUGGUGGCUACAACAUCAAGACAGGACCAGGCUGUUCAAUCGAAACCAUGAAAUUUGAUAUGGGUGGUUCAGCUGCAGUUUUAGGAGCAGCAAAAGCUCUGGGUCAAAUCAAACCUCUUGGCGUAGAGGUUCAUUUUGUGGUUGCUGCUUGCGAGAAUAUGAUAAGUGGAACUGGUAUGAGGCCUGGAGACAUUGUCACAGCUUCGAAUGGAAAGACGAUAGAGGUUAACAACACAGAUGCAGAGGGGAGGCUUACCCUAGCAGAUGCUCUGGUAUAUGCUUGUAACCAAGGUGUUGAAAAGAUUGUUGAUCUGGCAACUUUGACUGGAGCCUGCGUGGUUGCACUUGGACCCUCAAUUGCAGGUGUGUUCACACCCAGUGAUGAACUGGCAAAAGAAAUUCUUGAAGCUGCAGAAGUGAGUGGAGAAAAAUUAUGGAGGAUGCCAAUGGAGGAAAGUUACUGGGAAUCCAUGAAAUCAGGAGUAGCUGAUAUGGUGAACACUGGUGGGCGACAGGGUGGUGCUAUAAAUGCAGCUCUCUUCUUGAAACAGUUUGUUGAUGAAAAGGUUCAAUGGCUGCAUAUUGACAUGGCUGGUCCAGUGGCAAGUGAGAAGAAGCUAACGGCGACAGGAUUCGGCAUCGCUACCUUAGUGGAAUGGGUUUUGAAAAAUGCUUCUUAAAUGAUAAAGGGAAUCAAAUCAAAGUCUGUUAGAACAUGAGUGAAACAGUGAGGAUGAAAUAAAUUGCAGGCUUUUUCUGGGUUUCUGAAUCAUCUGUGAUGAGUAAAUACUAAAUAGCCUCUCAGUUUGUGUGUGUGGUUCACAGCCUUGACUUCUUGCUUCAGCUUUCACGGUUCUUGUAAUGUGUCCCUUGUAAGACAUUUUAGCCUCUUUCUUGUGCGUU